AUGCCUGUGUUUUACUCACCUGUUCCAGAGAACCUGCAGAUGGGUCUGGCCUAUGUGGGAGGCUCUGUGUUCACCAACAACAGGACCGCAGACAGCGACUUCACCAGGGAGCAGGAGGAUGCCUCUGUGGUGAACGAGCUGGUUUCUCACCUUCCCCUUCAGAUGCUUCUGUACUUCAACAUGUUUUAUUUUCCCUGUUGGUGGUUUUCUGCUGUUUUCAUGUUGGAAGUAAAGUUCUAUUAUCUUCCCGGGUACUACCAGGCUCUGCUCAUAACCGGGAUGAUCCUGCUCACGCUCAUUGAAGUGGUCCGACUCUAUCUGGGAUACAUUGGCAACCUUAGAGAAAAGGUGCCAGAGCUGGCAGCCUUCUGGCUCCUGUCUUUCGCCUUCCAGCUGCCUGUGCUGCUGUUCUUCCUGACCGAUGAGGGAAUUAUCAUCCUGCCUCUGGAGAGAGCCGUCCACUCCCUCUACCUCCUCUUCCUGCUCGCCCAGAUCCUGGCAUCCUUCCUGGCGCUCAGGACCAUGACCCGAAAGCUCACUUUGCUUUUCCAUCUGCGCCAGUUUGGGAAGGUGGAGAGCUUCCAGCACGCAGGGAUGAGCCCCGUCUACGGGUUAUCCUACCACCGCAGUGUGCUGCCCAUGUCACUCACCCAUGAUAUGGACCAUUAA